UAACCAGUUGGGUCAUGUGAUUCAAGUCACAUGAUUCAGAUCCCUAAACAUCAUGACAGGACAUGUCCAUGUAAGAUUUAUAUAAAGUAAAUACACGUCAGUCUUUACACCCUCUCGUAGUCACAGAUGUUUUUAUAUUUGCUAAGAUAGGAAUUCACUGCGACUGUACUACAUGAUGGAUAGCUACUCAACUGAUAUCUGCAGUACUGACGUCAAGAACAAACUGAAAUUGGACGCCGAGAGAAGAGAGAAAAACAUUGAAGAAGCGCAAAAAAUCAAAAUUGAAGACGAUCCAAGUUUGCCUAAGCCAAAACAGAUCAAAAUCCGAGAUGCCAGAAAAACUAGAGAUCAGCGGGUGAAAAUAUUUGGCUGGGUCCAUCGUCUCAGGCGGCAGGGUAAAAGUUUGAUGUUUGUUGUACUGAGAGAUGGGACAGGCUUUCUUCAGGCAGUCUUUGUGGAUAAGCUGUGUCAGACCUAUGAGGCCUUGACCUUAGCAACAGAGGCUUCCAUAGCCGUCUAUGGCGUCAUCAAACAACUGCCGGAGGGCAAGACAGCCCCUGACCAGCAUGAGCUGACCGUAGACUUCUGGGAACUGAUUGGCUCAGCACCACCUGGGGGUAUGGACACGGUGCUUAAUGAGGAAGCGCUACCAGACGUCCAGCUGGACCAGAGACACAUGCUGAUCCGUGGAGAAAACAUGGCCAAGGUUCUGAAGAUGAGGUCCUUCAUUACGCAAUGUUUCAGGGAUCACUUCUUUGACAGGGGUUACUUUGAGCUGACCCCACCGACCCUGGUACAGACCCAGGUAGAAGGAGGGUCGACCCUGUUUGGCUUCAACUAUUUCGGCGAGCAGGCGUUCCUGACCCAGAGUUCCCAGCUGUACCUGGAGACGGUGAUACCUGCAAUGGGUGACGUCUUUAGCAUGGCCCAGUCCUACAGGGCGGAGGUCUCCAAGACCAGACGACAUCUCGCCGAGUACACCCACGUUGAGGCCGAAUGUCCAUUCAUAACCUUUGAAACUCUGCUGGACAAGAUCGAGGACCUGGUGUGUGACGUGGUGGACAGAGUCCUGAGGUCACCCUACGGCCACAUCGUGUAUGAGCUCAACCCUGAUUUCAAGCCGCCCAAGAAGCCUUUCAGGAGGAUGGAGUACAAGGACGCCAUCGUCUGGCUCAAGGAGCACAACGUCACUAAGGAGGAUGGAAGCUUCUACGAGUUCGGUGAUGACAUCCCAGAAGCCCCAGAAAGAAAGAUGACAGACACCAUCAACGAGCCCAUGUUCUUGUGUAAGUUCCCAGCAGAGCUCAAGUCCUUCUACAUGCCCAGGUGUAAGGGGGAUAGGAGACUAACAGAGUCGACUGACCUAUUGAUGCCCAACGUGGGGGAGAUAGUCGGCGGUUCCAUGAGAAUCUGGCAGCAAGACGAGCUGGAGGCUGGGUUCAAACGGGAGGGGAUCGACACCACCCCGUACUACUGGUACAUCGACCAGAGAAAGUACGGCACUUGUCCCCACGGUGGCUAUGGUCUGGGACUGGAGCGCUUCCUCUGUUGGAUCCUCAACCGGUACCACAUCCGUGAGGUCUGCGCUUACCCCCGUUUCGUCGGCAGGUGCAGGCCUUAAGCCUAAGGACAGGUGUAGGCCUUAACCUUUGUACAGGUGCAGGUCUUAAUUAGGCCAGAAUCCUGUGGGAAGGUGAAGGACUUACGACGCUGUUGCAGAUGUAACCCCAGGCCUAUCUUCAAGUGUAGACGUUAGUUCAUAAUGGCGGCUGCAGACAGUAGGGCCUACACAUCAAAAUGUAAUAAAAUUUGGCUUAUAUUUCUGGUUGUCGCCUUUGUUUUAACAAUUUACCUCCCCUGUAUAACCUAACCCAAUAUGUGCAUUGGACACAACUUUUAUUUAUGCUUCAUAUGCAUUAUUUUAUUUUUUAUUUAUACAUAUGGCUGAUUACUAAAUAUAAUCGAAAUUAUAUAAUGAAGUUAUUGAACUUAGAUUUUUACCUCUAUAUAUGUGUAUGUAUAUCUGCACCUACAAGGACUCUGUGGCACAUAAUCUUUAUGCGAAAAAUCAUGAGUGAAUUUCCAAAUAAACUGUAUUAAAUAGUAGAAGCUGUUUCAAUUAUUAUAUUUAGGUUAUUUUUUUAAUAAUAUUUCAACAAGUUUGAUAUGAAAAUUACUGUUAACUUUAUUUCUAUUUUAGCAAUUUUAAUUAUUGUUAUUUUUAUCAUUAUUAUUACAACUUAUAAAAUUGUUGAGCGUAUUCUUAAAACUAAUGAAACACAAUCGUGAUUAGAUACACCAAAUAUUACUAACAAUUAUUUAACACCUUGUACAUAUUUUGUGUAUUUACAUAAUUAAACAGUUUUAUACACAAC